UCGUCAAGCUGCAACGCAAAGCAGUGCUCACGAGGACAUCGUUUUGCCAGAGCUACCUCUGCAAUUGCGUCAGUUGACACCACUUGACGACAUGGUGCCUUCCAGCGUACCAAUUCCUCCUAGUAGGACUCCGCUUCCCUCACAAGAUGGCGCAGCCACUUCGAACUUCAGGCAAAGACCUUGUACCUACACACGACAACCUACAGUCCAGGGAAAAGCUCCCCUGCGUGAACUGCACAACUACAACCUCCCAGGCCCAUUGUCCUCUGUCGCACAGGCUGUUUCACGCAAAAGACGAAACCUGAGCGGGCACGACAGUGACGACCCUGUAUACCCAGUGAAGAAACGUUUUUGGCGGGAUGUGACUAUUGAGCCAUCAUAUUCUCUUAAACAGACAGUGUCUUCUGCUUGCCAGGUCGACAGCGCAUUUGCUCAAAACUUGUGUGAGGACACAGAUCAUUUCCGGUACCAAGAUGAACCAUUCAUACAGGACCUCCACCCUGACUACAGGCCCGUCCCACAUGAUGACUACCCACGACAAGGAAACACAACUGGACAUUACAUUGAUUUGGGUUUAAGACCACCACAGCAUUCGACACACGAUGACGUUGAGACGUUCCCCCAGUCCAGUAAUUGUUCUCGCCAAGGUCAGCCCAUGACACCGGUCAUGGAUGGUCAGGUCACCGGUCAGGUCAGGGAUGCAAGGAAGAGUACAGGUUUUGAGCGAACCGUUUUUACACUGCUAGUGGACUUGAAACGGUCCAUGAAGCGCCUCGAAAAGAAAGUUGAGGAAAUCAGCACUGCUUUGUCUCAGCAAGAAAAUUACUCUGCCCUAGACCUGCCAAACUUCCCAAUAGUGACUGACACUGAUCUUCAGUCUUUCAACCGAAGGCUUUUAGAGGCCGAUUUCAAGGCGAAGUUGGUUACAAUGAUCGCACGUCUGGGCGGAAAUACUCUUCAAGAGACCGUAAGAAUAGUGAUGAAGAAACUGAUUCACAAUUCAUUAGCACUUCAGUACAGCCUUAAAGGGGCGCAGUGAAAGAAGGACUUCUUUGGACUAACUGUCUACGUCUGCAUUGUUGAGGCACUGCAAGCAAAAUACAAGGAUGUCACAGAGCUGGAGGUGCAACACAGGAUCGGCCGGUACCUUGCUGGAGCUGGAGACCGAGAUGGAGGAAGAGAAGCCCGACGACGACAAUCCAUUCGCUAAAUUUUCAUUUACU